CUCUCUCGUAUUCAUUCUUCAUCGCAUCGCAUCGCAUUUCGACUUGAGGGAGGGGUGGCCUCUUGAAUUCUUCUUCUUCUUCUACUUCUACUUUCGUUGUUAUUACUGUAUGUUGUUGUUGUUGUUGUUGUUGUUGGUACUGUGCGGUCCUGUUGUUGUUGUUGUUGUGGUGGUACCCAAUCUCGGGCUGCGCGGUGCGGUUGGGUGAGCGGAGGGCGAUGCGCGUGGUGGCGGAGGAUCUGGAGUUUCAAACAUGCAAGCGAUGCUGCUGCUGCGUGUCGCGCCCCUUCCAUCUGGUGCUCACAACCUCUGGAGGUUCCAAAUAUUUUGUGGGGGCUGCGUGUUGCAUCAGUGGUUGGAGGAAUUCCGGUGACGCUAAUGGAGAUGGGCGUAGUGUGAGCUUCGGGAUGAGGGGAUGAGGAGCUCGCUCUGAUUCGAUCCGCGUUCGAAGAGAAUUUUGUCUAUUCGUGAAUUUGGGGGAUCGCUGGUUUGGGAGGUGGCAGCAUGUGGUAAUUCAGUGUAGGUAUGACUGUACGAAGUGUGGGCUGGCUUCUGCGACGUGGUGUUGUAGCAAGAACAUUCAUGGUCGCAGUUGUAGGGUUUGGUGUGGUAAUUUAAGUAGGUUCAUGAAACUUAUAGAUAACUACUGGUGGCAACAGUCUGUAGUGCUUAAUUUACACCUGGUGAUGGCCACUCUGGUAUAAUCUCGGUGGAAAUGAGGCAUGAUAGAACCUGGGGAAGUAGCAAGAUGGUGACCUUUGACUUUGCGUAUAACAAUCCUGUAUUCUCUGACCGCGUACUUCACAUGGACGUGGCUCCUGUCGGGAAUGAGUUUUAUGAGGCUGUAGGAAAGAGCGAGGAACAGCAUAUCGAAAAGCUUUAUGUCAGCUCUGUCAUCCUGGCUGCUCAUUCCGAUUACUUUAUGAGGAUGUUUUCUAAUGGCAUGAGUGAGUCGAGCUCUGAAAAUGCCGUAGUGCACGUCAAUGAAGAAGAAAAAUUUGGGCUUCAGCAGCUCAUCCAGUAUAUGUACACAGGGCGAUUGUCAGAGCCAUUAGAUAUCGAAGCCACGGUCAUGCUCCUCCGUUUAGCAGAUCGGUUUGCUAUCUCGUCAUGCAUGGAGCCUCUAGCCAAAAUUUUGAAGCUGUUCCCAAACACGUUGAGUGACUGUCUACUUGUUUUGAGCCUGCCAGAGUCACUGAAAGCUGAUCGAUCGGUCCAACCUGUGGUGGAGCAUUACCGCAGCUACCUUGCUUCACAGUUUCAGGAUAUAUCGUCAAAGAAAGGAGACUUCUUAACUUUGUCGAUUGAGGGAGUGAAGGUGAUUCUUGACAGUGACGCCCUGAUGGUUUCCUACGAGGAAGAGGUGUUUCAAAUCUUGCUUGACUGGGUGGAUUCCAAUUGCCGAACUGCAGAGGAAAAGCAACGAGCAGCUGAGGAAGUUGCUGGUGUGAUUCGUUUCCCAUGGAUGACCGGCGACUUUCUCAUAGAUGUCGUGUCGACCAACCCUCAAAUGCAGACUGCAGCAUGCCAGGCGUUGCUAAUGGAGGCACUGAGGUUCAAGAGCUUCACCCACGCACGGCAACAGCAGAUGCUUUGGAAAAAGACCAAUCACAACCGAUACAGACCCCGGAAUAACACUAUACUGGAAAAUUUCUGGGGAAACUCCAAAACAUUCCAAGUGAAGCAGCCGGAUGGCAGUUGCCAAGUCUUGUUUGAGUUUCCACUAGAGCUCGUCAUAUGCAUAGGUCAAAGCUUUCAGUCCCGCACCUUUCGUCUCUGCGACAAGUAUGAAUUCUACCUCGAGGCCCGCCACGGCCAAGUGAAAACAAGCUACAAUCAACAGUUGACGUGUUUUGUGAACCUCGUGCUUCCCCCAAGAAAUGAUUCUGUAAGCUCAUGCGAAGAGGUUGAGGAUUUGAAGUUUGUAGAUUACACCAUAGCCAUGAAGAGGGAUUACUCUCAAAACUACGACACAAAAACUAGCGGGUCGUUUUGUUUAACUGGUGUAGAAUCUGCAGGAGCUUGCAUUCCCUUCACAGAUUUCUUCUCUGGUUGGGGUAUUGAACGUGGUUUCAAUGUGCCGAGGUGGAAUUUGACCAUAAAUGGACCUGUCUUCUUGAAGUUGGACUUGAAGUUGAGAGUCGAAGCGUUUGCAACUGACCUGGAUGGUCAGUUGCAGAGGCGUGAUGAAUCUUCUUCACUAGCUACUUCUCAUUUUGAGUUUCCACCACUGGGUCCAGGAACAACGGAUGCAAUUCCAUUUUGAGAAGGAUAGAGCUCCGAGCUCUGCAGGAAACCUUAUGCUGAAGAACGUCAAUUGAGUAUUGCCAGUAAUCGCGUGGCUCACAUCAGUCGAACAUACCAUUAUUAGCAGUUGUCGAUUCUCCCUAUUCUACCUGUACGACUGCAAGAGUGCUAGAAAUCACUCGAUGUUCAACGGGCACAGUUGAACCGCAUGAAAGUUUUUAACCCAGACUUCGGCGCAGUGUUUUCGUUCCUGGAAGAUUUAAGGCAACGUAAGUCAAAACUUUCAAUACUCAUUAACAACGCUGGAAUCAACAAUGUUGCUGAGAAAAGGAGGAAAAUGUGCAUUGUGGAUUGCGGAGAAUAAUGCAUUCCAAACGGUUUGAAAGUACUCAUUGUACAUUAGCUAUAAUAAAGGUGUACAAUUAGCCUACAUGUACAUUUUGUGCAUUUAUGUUUUCUUCUUGAAGUGUAGAUAUGGAGAAUCUUUUAAAAUAAAAAAAUAAAAUAAAAAUCUCAAGUUAAGUCCC